UAUAAUUGGUUUGAUCUAUGCUUGAGCGAAUGGAACCAAUUGUAUCGAUCAACUGAUCUGUCCCAACAGUUGUUUUGAACUUAUCACGAUGACCCAUCCCAAUGAGAACUCAUCACAACCUUUCAAACUUCCACACAUAAAAUCAUUUGGGAUAAUACUCUGAAAAUUUCCAGUCAUUUCCUAGACAACAGUUUUCACUUUCACUCAUAGUAGGUCAUAGGCAUGGAGGAAGGUUUGGAUGGAGAAGUAUCAAGGUCGCUGAGCAGCUUGAGGAUGAGCAUUGGAUCUUGGAGCAGGAGGAGUUGGGUAUCAGCAAGUGUUCCUGAACUAUGGAGUGGACAUGGUGGUGAUGUUUUUGAGAGGAGUAAGAAAGAAGUUGAUGAAGAAGAGCUCAAGUGGGCAGCUAUACAGAGGCUUCCAACAUUUGAGAGGCUAAGGAAAAGCAUAGUCAAAAGAGUCUUAGAAGAGAGUGGAAGGUUCAACUAUGAGGAGGUUGAUUUAUCCAAGCUUGACAUGCAGGAGAAGAAGAAACUCCUUGAUGGUAUAUUAAGGACUGUUGAAGAUGACAAUGAGAGGUUUCUCCAUAAGAUGAGGGAGAGAAUUAAUAGGGUGGCCAUAGAGAUUCCAAAGGUUGAAGUCCGGUUUGAACAUUUGUUUGUGGAAGGGGAUGCAUUUAAUGGAACCAGAGCACUGCCAACAUUAGUGAAUUCCACCAUGAAUGCCAUGGAGAGAGUUCUUGGAUCAGUCAAUCUUCUCCCCUCAAAGAAAAGUGUUGUCAAGAUCCUCCAAGAUGUUAGUGGCAUUGUCAGGCCAGCAAGAUUGACCUUGCUUUUGGGGCCUCCAAGAUCAGGAAAAACUACACUGCUACAGGCUCUUGCUGGCAAACUGGACAGGGAUUUAAGGGUAUCAGGAAGAAUCACUUACUGUGGUCAUGAGUUAUCAGAGUUUGUUCCUCAAAGAACAUGUGCUUAUAUUAGUCAACAUAAUCUUCAUCAUGGAGAGAUGACAGUGAGAGAGACACUGGACUUUUCUGGACGCUGCUUAGGAGUUGGAACAAGGCAUGAUCUGCUAGUGGAAUUGACAAGGCGAGAAAAGCAAGCAGGAAUCAAACCAGAUCCAGAGAUAGAUGCUUUCAUGAAAGCCACAGCAAUGGAAGGUCAAGAAACAAGUCUUAUUACAGAUUAUGUUCUUAAGAUUCUUGGAUUGGAAAUAUGUGCUGAUACUUUGGUAGGAGAUGAGAUGAGAAGGGGAAUAUCUGGUGGAGAGAAAAAGCGGUUAACAACUGGUGAGAUGUUGGUAGGACCUGCAAAAGUAUUCUUAAUGGAUGAGAUUUCAACUGGUUUGGAUAGUUCCACCACAUUUCAGAUUGUUAAGUUCUUGAGGCAGCUAGUGCAUAUCAUGGAUGUUACAAUGAUAAUCUCUCUUUUACAACCUGCACCAGAAACAUUUAACCUUUUUGAUGACAUAAUCUUACUUUCAGAAGGUCACAUUGUCUACCAAGGUCCAAGGGAGAAUGCCCUCAAUUUUUUUGAGAGUGUUGGCUUCAGAUGCCCUGAAAGGAAAGGAGUUGCAGAUUUCUUACAAGAGGUUACUUCCAGAAAGGACCAAGAACAGUACUGGUUCUCAAGGAACAAACCUUACCGUUAUAUCAGUGUGCCUGAGUUUGUAGCUCACUUCAACAAUUCUGGCAUUGGCCAGCAACUUUCCCAAGAGCUUCAGGUUCCCUAUGAUCGCACUAAAACUCAUCCUGCUGCAUUGGUUAAAGAUAAAUAUGGGAUCUCAAAACUAGAACUCUUUAAGUCAUGCUUUGCAAGAGAGUGGCUACUGUUGAAGCGCAGUGCUUUUAUAUAUAUCUUUAAGACUACUCAGAUUAUGAUAAUGUCUUUGAUUGCUAUGACAGUGUUUCUUAGAUCAGAAAUGGGAAGUGGCCAACUUAGUGAUGGGAGAAAAUAUUAUGGUGCACUAUUCUUCAGUCUCAAUAAUAUAAUGUUCAAUGGAAUGGCUGAGCUUGCGUUGACUAUUUUUAGACUUCCUGUUUUCUUCAAGCAGAGAGAUUUGUUAUUUUAUCCAGCAUGGGCUUUUGCACUGCCCAUAUGGAUCUUUCGAAUCCCUCUCUCUUUUGUGGAGUCGGGAUUAUGGGUUGUCCUUACUUAUUACACUAUAGGCUUUGCUCCAGCUGCAAGUAGAUUUUUUCGCCAGUUACUAGCAUUCUUCUGCGUUCAUCAAAUGGGUUUAUCUCUGUUCCGAUUCAUUGCUGUUCUUGGAAGAACACUAGUUGUGGCUAAUACACUAGCUACAUUCGUAAUACUAAUUAUUUUUGUACUUGGUGGGUUCAUUAUUGCCAGAGAUAACAUUGAACCUUGGAUGAUAUGGGGCUAUUAUGCUUCUCCUUUGAUGUAUGGUCAGAAUGCCGUUGUCAUCAAUGAAUUCCUUGACAAGAGAUGGAGUGCUCCCAAUAUGGACCCAAGAGUUCCUGAGCCCACAGUUGGAAAGGCUCUUCUCAGGGCUAGAAGCAUGUUUACAGAAGAUUAUUGGUACUGGAUUUGUAUUGGUGCUCUCCUAGGAUUUUCUCUGCUUUUCAACACUUGUUUUAUUGUUGCACUGUCAUUUCUGAAUCCAUUUGGAGAUUCUAAACCUAUAAUUCUAGAGGAGGAAAACGAGAAGAAGGGAACUACAGAAGAGAGUUCUGCUUCAACUGAUAAAUCAUUUGAAAACAUUGAAAUGGCAGAAAAAAACACCCCAGGGAGUUCAAUUUCUAAAGCAGACACUGGAGCAACCAAGAAGGGAAUGGUGUUACCCUUUAGGCCUCUAUCACUUGCUUUUGAUCACGUGAAUUACUACGUCAAUAUGCCAACUGAAAUGAAAAAACAAGGAUUUGAAGACAGUCGCCUUCAACUACUAAGAGACUGCAGUGGUGCUUUCAGGCCUGGAGUACUAACAGCACUAGUAGGUGUAACUGGUGCUGGAAAAACGACAUUAAUGGAUGUUCUUGCUGGAAGAAAGACCGGUGGCUAUGUUGAAGGAAGCAUCAGCAUAUCUGGUUACCCAAAGAACCAAGCAACUUUUGCUCGGAUUACUGGAUAUUGUGAACAAAAUGAUAUCCAUUCUCCAAAUAUCACUGUCUAUGAAUCUGUUGUGUUUUCUUCUUGGCUGCGUCUUGGUAAAGAGGUCAAGAGAGAAACACGGAAGAUGUUUGUUGAGGAAGUAAUGAACCUUGUUGAGCUACAUCCAGUGAGAAAUUUUCUAGUAGGCCUUCCUGGCAUAGAUGGUUUAUCAACUGAACAAAGAAAGCGACUCACCAUUGCAGUAGAAUUGGUUGCCAAUCCUUCUAUCAUCUUUAUGGAUGAGCCGACCUCAGGCCUUGAUGCUAGAGCUGCAGCAAUUGUUAUGCGUACUGUCAGAAAUACGGCAGAUACAGGGAGAACUAUUGUCUGCACAAUUCAUCAACCUAGCAUUGACAUAUUUGAAGCUUUUGAUGAGCUUCUUUUGAUGAAGAGAGGAGGACAAAUCAUAUAUAGUGGCCCCCUUGGUCAACAAUCUCAGAAGCUUAUAGAGUACUUUGAGGCUAUUCCAGGAGUUCCAAGAAUCAAACAUGGAUACAAUCCUGCCACAUGGAUUUUGGAGAUUAGUUCUCCUGCAGUCGAGUCUCGGCUUAAGGUAGACUUUGCAGAAUUGUACAAUAAGUCAGAAUUGUACCAGAGGAAUCAAGAGCUUAUAAAAGAGCUAAGCAUGCCAUUAGAGGGAACAAAGGACAUUAAUUUCCCUACUAAAUAUUCGCUGUCCUUUAUUACUCAAUGUAAAGCUUGCCUAUGGAAACAGCAUUUGUCCUACUGGAGGAACCCACAGUAUAAUGCUGUCCGUUACUUCAUGUCAAUAUUUGUAGGUGUUAUUUUUGGACUCAUUUUCUGGAAAAAAGGAGAUAAAACAGAUAAGGAGCAAGAUCUUAUGAAUCUAAUGGGAGCUACUUUUUCUGCUAUUUUCUUUCUUGGAGCCACCAACACUGCCUCUGUUCAACCUGUAAUUGCAAUAGAAAGAACGGUCUUCUACCGUGAAAGAGCAGCUGGAAUGUACUCAGCUCUUCCUUAUGCAAUUGCUCAGGUAGCAAUAGAAUGUAUUUAUGUUGCAAUCCAGUCAUUGACCUUUACCCUUAUCCUUUACUCAAUGAUGGGGUUCCCUUGGCAAGCUGACAAGUUCCUCUGGUUCUACUACUUCAUGUUCAUGUCAUUUGUCACCUUCACACUUUAUGGCAUGAUGACUAUGGCUCUGACACCAAACCCACAAAUUGCUGCAAUUAUUAUGUCCUUCUUUCUAGUUUUCUGGAAUAUAUUCUCGGGCUUCAUUAUCCCAAAAUCGCAAAUUCCUAUAUGGUGGAGGUGGUAUUACUGGGCGUGUCCAACUGCUUGGACUAUGUAUGGCCUUCUGACAUCCCAGGUGGGUGACAAAGAUACUCCAGUUGAGGUACCUGGAUCUGGAUCAAUGUCAGUAAAAGCAUACCUUGAGAAACAGAUGGGCUAUGAAUAUGGCUUCCUAGGAGUUGUUGCUGUGGCUCAUGUUGCUUUUGUUGCACUGUUUCUUUUUGUUUUUGCAUACGGUAUCAAGAUCUUUAAUUUCCAGAAAAGAUAAUUACCAAAGAUAAAAAAAAUGGAAAGAACAGACACAGCUAAAAAAAGAGGAAGGAUAUUUAAAAGUUUCUGUAUCAUUAAUUGUUCCAAUAAGUAGCAUUAUGGUUUCCAAUGCUGUGAGGAAUUUCCACUUGUAGCUAGUUAUUGGUUAUUGUUCAACAUCUUCGGUUUGGAAUUAACAUAUCCUUCCAUAUUAUACAAUUUGAAAUGAUACAUGAUAAUGACAGUUAAGAAGUUUAGUGUGGGAAUGGACCAUUUUC